AUGCUCCGGUAGAAAAAUCACUCGAAUCAGUUCCAAGAAGCCCAUUUCGGUUCGGCCCAUUAUAUCGUGCAUCAGUGGCAUUUUUGUACUUUUCGUCCAUUAAAUAUAGUCAAAGAAAGUUUUUGACGCAAAUUUUAAAAUCAAUUAAAAAAAUAGUUUAAGUUUCUUCUCAAAAAGCGAGAGAGAGAGAGAGAUCCGAUCCAAGGCCGGAAAAUAUGGCGGAGAUGUCUUGCCUUCAGAUCCACGAUGCUAACGACGCCGUUUUCAACCAUUACCACCACCAACGGCGGCUACAUGAUCACCUGAGAGAUCAAUCGUUUUCUCAGAUCCUCUAUCCGCUUCCUCACUGGGUCCAAUCAGACGACGGCGAUCUCUACGUCUCUGAAUCCGAUUUUUCUCCCGGCGACGUUUCGGUAUCCGAUUUAGUAUUCACGGCGGCCGACGGUCUUGAUCUACUCGAUCGGCGUAGCUUUGUCAUGGAUCUGUUCCACCAACGCGUUGAGCAAUCUCAGGUAAGUCCGCUUGAUGAUGACGGAAUCGAUGAUUUCGAAAAUUACGAGAUGCGUGGAGAUAAUGUGGAACUUCAUUUUGGAUUGGAGUUAGAAUCUGGUUUCGUUGAUAGUGAUCUUGUUGUUAACCUUAAUGAACACGAUUUCGUUGAUGGGAUGAGGUUAUUAGGGAUUGAGUCACGCGAUGUUGUAGUUACAGUGGAAUCGGGUUUUGAUUCUGAUGAUGAAGAUGAUCAAGAGAAGGAGGAGAGUGAGAUUUGGGGAAUUGAUUUGAAUGAAGAAGAUGAGUAUGUGAAUGGGGAGGAUGAUGAUGAAGAUGAAGAAGAUGCUAGUGUGACAAUCCCUCUUUGUUGGGAUUCACUUCAAUUGGAAGAUUUAGGAAUUAACAACGAGGAAUUCGAAUGGGAAGAAGUUGAUGGUGAUGAUGAGAGAGAGGUUUCAAGCGUUUUAGAUGAUAACAAUUCGGUAUCAGUCUCUGUGUCAGCCACAAUCUCUUUAGAAGAUUUAGCGAUAAGUGAGAGAAGGGGAAGUAGUAGUCUAGGGUGGGAAGUUUUGUUGAAUUCUCGUAGUCUCGAGUUUAAUCUAGAUGAUGCAGAAAGCAACUUGGAGUUAUACAUUGGUGAUAUUGAUCAUGAAGAAGAAGAUUAUGAAGAUUAUCUUCAUACAACAGAGUAUGAGAUGUUGUUUGAAGCUGAGAUCUCAUCUGGUAUUGGUAAGCCUCCAGCAUCCAAAUCAUUUAUAAAGAAUCUAAAAGUGUCUCCUCUGACCAAUGAGGAUGUUAUGGAGAAAGAUGAUGACGCGGUGUGUUGUGCGGUUUGCAAAGAAGAGAUGAAUGUAGGAAAGGAGGUUGCAGAGUUGCCUUGUAGACAUAAGUACCAUAGUGAAUGUAUUGUUCCAUGGCUUGGGAUUAGGAAUACGUGUCCUGUUUGUCGUUUCGAGUUGCCUUCGGAUUGAAGACUUAAGCAGGGCCGGUUUUGAAGACCCUGAAAAUUAGGGUUUACAAGAUGAUGACUUACUUGUGUAAUUAAUAGGAUAUCUUGAC